AUGCUGAGCGCAAAGAAUAAGUUCGAAAUUGCUAGGAACAGGUCCUGCAGCAGCAUAAGAGAAAAUCUGAUGUGUUCGUCCGUUAUUUUGAAAAACUCAAGCUGCCUCCUAAAGAGCAGCAACCCGUUUGAGAACAGCACACCGUUGGACAGGCGGGGUGAAGGCCUCCAGGAUGAUGUGGCUUCCCCGGAGGAGGGUCCACUGAGAGAGAGAAAUGCCAAGGAACUGCACCAGUAUGUGUACGCAAGUGAAGUCAACCCCGACGAUGGGGUUGUCUUUAUGUCAAAGGAAGGUACACAGGACCACGACGUGAAUAAUGAAUUUAGAAAGGGGAUUCUCUACGACAAGAUUAUUAUGUCCAAUAGAACAUACAACACUGCCGUAGACAGUGUGCAUAGCAACUUCCAGACAAACAAACUAGAGAAUGUCCUUAAUUCGAUAAAGUUUGAGGAAAACACGAAUAUUAAAAUUCCGCCCUAUUUGAAGAACUCCCCCUUGCAUGUCCUGUACCCCGAGCUGGAUUACCUCCAAGGGGCAACAGCGGAGGAGCGACCGGAAGGACGAGACGACGCGGGGGGUGGGGGGCAGCCAGAUCAACCUCUACCUCAGCAAUCGCUGCCUCAGCAACAUCUGUCCCCCCUCGCGCAAAACAAAAGCCUCAACACAUACCUCAGGUACACCCUAAACAACAGCCACACGACAGGGAGAAACCGAAUGUAUGACUAUUUCGAAUCGAAGAGAAAAAACAUGGUGGAGAUAGCCAAUCCGAACGAUCUGAAUCAUACACUGCUUUAUACGAAGAAGAACAACCCGAAAGAGCUGAUAUUCAAUUUGUACAAAAACAGGUACGUCACGAGCAGCAGCAAUCACACAGACAAUGAGCUGAACACACUCAAUACGCUUAAGAGGUUGAAAAUGCCCGUCAUCGAAAAAAACGAAAAAGGGGAACAUCUUCCUCCCAUUGCAUCUGAAGUUAACGCCAAAAGGAGAGUGAACCUUUUACAAAAUGGGGACACCAGUAAAGACAGGAAUGAGGAAGGUAAGAAACAAGUGAGUAAGGGAAGCAAACCAAAUUAUACUGUAUCUCUUAUUGAUAUGUCCUCUUUCGAAAAGGCAUCCAUAAAAACAGUCCACCUUAGUAGUCAGAAAACUGGAGGGGAAAAAAAAAACAUAUUUCAACUCACCAAAAAGGCACGCAAAGAUGUACAGGUGCAAACUAAUGACGACGAUUUUGAGAAAGCUGCUAAAUGCGAUGUGGACUCCGAUGUUGAGCGUGUCAUCAGUAUACUGGAAGGGAAGAAGAAUGCUUCCCCGGAAGAUACGCAGGGGAGUAAUUCACCUUGGAAAGGGGAAAAAGGGAAGUUCUCCAUUUCGUACUGCGAUUUGAAGGGGCCAGACGGGAGCGGUGAAGAGACGCAAAGUCGAAGUGAUGACAGUGGGGAAGCGGACAAAUCGGACGAAGUGGAGGACGUGGACAAAGAGGACGAAGUGAACAAAGCGGAAAAAGCCGCCAAAUCCGCCAAAGCGGUAGUGGCGAUCACGGAGACACAUGCUAGCACCAACACAGAUGCAACGUCUUUCAAAAGAGUGUCACGGAAUGGCGACCCCGGAAUGACCCAAGUUAUGCAGAAUUACAAGCAGUUUCUGCGAACGAGAAGAUCCCGUGGGGGACUAAAUGGGACCAUAUUAAAAGAGCAGUUAAGCGAACCCCGUCGAAAUGGCCCCUUUAUAGGGGGGGUGACUCAUUUGAACGGGGCCAAAGCAUCACCUCGCAGUCGUAACGAUGGGGUGAAAGAACCAAGUGGAUGGGAUGGGAGACCCCCCCGAAGAUAUAAUCACAUGGAUAAGUUAACUAUGGGAUGGUCUAGUCCCCUAGCAGGAGGACAACCCCCACUCUACCUCGAUGGAAACGUGAACAAAGCAAUUCUGAUCCCGAAGGGUUACCCCCCCUGGGUUUACAAGGCACCAGGAGAGACCCCUACUAGUGCAUCCCUCACUGGGUCUAGAAUCCGUAGGGAGAGCUUUCCCACAUAUAAUGCUGAUACCUAUGACCCCUCCAUUGGGAACUUUCCCGAUGUUUGCCUCAACGAAUUGAGAAAUUCUGAGCCCAGACCUAGCAGAGUAUGUGUGUACAUUAAAAAUAUUGCCCCGAGGGGACCCAUCCAAAGCUGUGAUACAGAUCGGUCUGGCGAGGAAAGAAAAGCUGCAACCACAUCUGAUGAGGAAUUGGAGAAGGAGAAAAUCACAAACGAUCUGCUUCAGAAAAAAUUCUACAUUGAAAGGAAAAGGAAGCUCUACGAAAAGAGGAAGUUCGAAAGGGCCAUUGCCAGCAUGAUGGAGAGGAGAGCUCUGUUGAGGGAAAGGGCAAGGGACAAGUACAGCCGUCUGGUGAGUGACCAUUCUGAGGUUGGCAGCCAUCGUGUCUAUGGUGACGCUUCUGACGAAUCUCCCAGCAGCGCUGAGUGGGAAGGCGCUACCCUUUCAAGAACCCUCAGACGUGAAAGGCAUCGUCCAAGUGGAACGUACAAUAUGACGCUUCUGUCUGGGGCCUGGAGGGAUACAACCCGGGGGGGCCACAAGAAGGGUCACGUCAGCAGCUUCAGCAACGUGAACUUGUACUCCUCAAAUGAAGAGUCGGACGGUGGCUUCGGCAAGAGGGAGCACAAAGCAGCGCGGAAUUGCAGUGAACAGGCUGGAAGGAGAAGAGUGGGUAGCCAACUGGUCCAGUUGGGCGAGGCAGGAAAACCAGACCAAUCAGGAGAACCAAGCGAACACAACUCCGUUAACACCGCCUCACCGAGAAGACCCCUCGACGCGGCAGUAAAGGAAAGACGCUCCCAUAAGCUGACAAAUGGACGAAGCAACCGGGGAGCCGCCCAAAAGUCCAUCCCCAACCUUAUCCCCAAGUUUUUCUCCAAAUCGUGGAGGGGGAGAGCCGGCCGAUACGCCGCGAACAAUAAAAGGCUCAGGUCGCUGUCCUAUAAAAACAGGGUAUCCACAUUGACCGUCCUAGAAAAAAGCAUCCAACCAUUGAAGGCUCACGCAAGGAGGAAUGUUAUCCUUGGGGAGAACAUAAGUGAUGAAGAAAGUGACAUCAUUCGGAGGGAAAUCAAAAAGUGUGUAGAGCGCGGUGGCUAUGCAGGAUCGGGCGACGAAACGGAGGAUGAGUCAAGUGGGGGAAGAACAGACGAAGGGAAAAAAGACCUCAUGGAUGAAAACAAAUCCGGUGAAGAUGAACAAAAAGGUGGAAUAAAAAUUACCUAUCAUUUAGGAAGCAUCGUGAAGAAGGGUAAUCCCACUUCACAUGAAUGGAUUAACACGGAAGAUACGUUCAUAUCUCCACUAAAUGAAACGAAACGACACAUCGAUGAGAGUCAGUACGAUCGUAAUGAGGAGCAGAAGGACGAGCAAAGAUGCGAACGGGGGGACGUACAAACAAAAAAUAGGGAAAGGGAAGGCGAUUCCUAUUCAAGCACACGGAGGGACGAAAAGAGGGAAACCUCCCCCACCGUAGGAAAAAACACAAUGGGAAUCAGCUCAGUUACAAAUGGUGACUCUGAGAACAGAGAAACCAACAAAUCGGAUAGUCUAUUCAGAGUAAAAGUAACAAUAAAGAAAGGUGGUGAACGAGGAAUGCAAUUAGACAAACGGAGUAGUAACAUGGAGGACGGUUCCAAUCCUAAUCGCUAUGUUUUACAUGAGAAUGUACAGAGUAUGGAUUCUUCUUCCUACAAAGGAAAUGCAAUCAAUGGAUACACCAGACGGAUAGCAUCGAUACCGAAAAAGAAAGGAAAUUUCAGCGACACGGAAGUGGCCACUAGGAAGAGAAAUUUGGAAAGGCUGGCAAAGAAAGGGGAUGAGUCCAAUGAGCACCCCAGUAGGAGAACCUUCCUGAGGAAGAACGAUGGCCACGGAGGUGGAGACUAUUUAAAGCUCAAGCAAAAAGAUUCCGCAAAUAUGCGAAGCCAAUCGCAUGAGAAGUUUGGCAACCAGGUGGAAGGAAACAGGGAGACAUUACCCCGUAGUGAUUUCACCCGUAAAUGCGACUCACCCCUAUGCAAGGGUCGAUCAAACGGAACGGCCCAGCUGCUAGACUUGGAACGUAUCGACCCCAACAAGUGGAUACAGAAAAUUUUCGGAGAUACGCACUGA